CAAAACAAAAGUGACUCCAAAUUCCACUGAAAACAAUCAUUGCUUUUGAUAUGGCUUUGUUCUGACACAUCUUCAUACCAAGCCAGCCAAUCCAAUAUGCAGUCAACACCAAACAGGACCAGUAAAAUCCCUCGACGGGGGACAAUGUCACCCCGUGUCAGUCAAGGAAGCAAAAGCCCUCCAGGCAGUGGGAGCUUCCAAGGGAACAAAAGCGCUCAAUCACCAGUUGAAGCUCUUACAUCUGCCCCUAUUCAUGAUGAGAUCCCACUUGUCUCUGGGUUGACACAAGGACUUGAGGACUGCAACUGGGAACAACUCCAGGGGAAAUAUGCCGAUGCAAUGGAGGAACACAGCCGAGUCGAAGAGAAUCUUCGUGUUGGAACAGCCAAGCUUCUUGAAGUUUUCAUGGCAUGGUCUCAAACUACCGUUUCGCAAGAUGAGAACAGGGCUUUGAAAAGGUUCAAGACCCAAAUGCAGCACGUUCAAAAUUCCGAAAUCAAUGUGGAAAACAAAAAGAAGCAUUAUGCGGAAGUAGUAAAGGCUUUCCAAAAUGCUCUCGCCUUGCUAAACGAUCAAAUGAAGCUUUAGGCACAUGAUCGAUACGAUGUUUAUGAAUUAUGAGUUUAUGUAACCCUUCCCCCAGGGAAUCGAUCUUCCAAGACAGGAAUUGAAUCAGUAUGCAAAAAGCCAUCAAAAAGUCAUCCAUUAUGUAUUUCCUCACUUAUAUGAUGGCUUAAGAUGAAAAAUGAAAAAUGAAAAACAAAUGUACU